AUGUCGCUUCCCAAGGAGCAGCAAGAAGACACUAGCUCCAGUAUGACCUCUUCCGAAGCGCGAUCAGAGGAGCCCAAGAGCGAAGAGGAGCUCAAUGCGAUCACCUACCUCAACGCUAGAACCUCGCCUCUCCUCCUCCUCCCGGCAGAAUUGCGAAACAUGAUCUUCGAGUACGCCAUGUAUCAUGAAACCAUCAACCUACACCAGAAAUACAACCCUCGUACGACUAUUGCCGAAUCUGCACCGCGUCCAGCUGAACCUCUGCUCUUCGUCAGUCGCCAGAUCAACUCGGAGGUCGCCUUACUACCAUACAAACUUAACGUUUUCUCCAUCACUUUCCAUCGCUAUGCCGAUCUCGGCGACUUUCUGAAACAGCGAACGCCAGAUCAACUUGAUCUCAUGGUCAAAGUGAUGUGCAAGCUCAGUAACCACGGCCAGCAAGUGCACGUAGCAUCUGCUGCCAAAUGGAUGGCGUUUCUCAAGAAAAUGCUGGAGAAGGAGACUUGA